AUGAAAAGAACAAACAUUAGUAUUGCUCAUUAGAUAACAAUAAAUAACUGCAUGGCAGAGAACUUUACUAUUUUAGUGAUGAAUUUGCCUAAUUUAGAAUAAAAUUUAUUAACUUCAAGGUUAUGGGAGCAUCUAUAAAAUUACCUAGAUAAAUAAUGUGCAUUAAAGAGAGAUAGCGAAAUUAAGAUUAUUGACAUUAAAUUAGGAUAUUAAUAUACACAAAUAAAAUAUUAAAUGAGAAUAGCAAAGCUUUCAAGAACAUUAGAAAAAUUAAUAUUUAAAUAUGUUAGAAAAUAUGACCCAUAAAAUAGUUAAUUGAAAUAAGAGCAGAAUGUAACAAUUAAUCACUUAAGAACUAUAUAUGAUCUAAUAGAUAACCUUGAAGUAAAGGCUAUAGCGAAUAUUGAUUUAUAAAAAAUUAUUAAAGUUAAAAGUGAUCUUUAGGAAUUUAAAAUGAAAGAUUUUGAAAUGUCUUUAGAAAAAAAUAAAAUAAACUUUGGUUGGAAAAAUGAGUAAUUUAAUAAAGAUACAGUUCAUUUCCAUUAAAGAGUUUUGCAAAUUGAGAAAACAGUUACUCCCGAUAACAUAAACUGGAAAAAUCUCUAUUACUCAAACACAAAUAAAAUAUUUAGGAAAAUUUUUUCAUUAAUUAUUUCAAGUACCAUACUGAUUGCAUCUUUUGUGGCAGUAGGAAUUAUCAAAUCUGUGUAGAAAUUCUUGACUGUAUAAUACCCAUCUGUAAAUUGCAAUACUUCUCAAUUUUAAGGAAUAAGUAAGGAAGAUGUUGAGAAUAUUCCCCAAGGUACCCCAUAAUAUGAAAAAAUGGUAAAAAUAGAGUGUUUUUGCUGGUUACAAAAUUAUCAAUAUAAAUUGUAGUCAAGCUUAUAUUCUAUAUGCAAUGAUUGGUACCAAAAUUACAUAUCUAACUUGUUUCUUCCUAUAGGUAUAGUCGUAUCUUUGAUAAUAGUCAACUUCUUAAUAUAAAAGAUACUAACUAAACUAUCUAAAUUUGAGAAAUAUAAGUUUUUAAAUAGCCAAAUGAAUUCUUAAAUUGAUAAAAUAUUUGUUGUUUCAUUCAUUAAUUAGGUGUAUAUAAUUUACUAAACAAAUUAGAAAUAGACUCCUCCUUAAUAUUCCGAUUCUAGUCAGGAAAAUUUUAUGCAAAAAGUUUUUGGUUCAGGUUAAUUUUAUAGUUAUAACCCUGAAUGGUAUAGAAAUAUUGGGAUCAUAUUUAUAAUUACUUUAAUUUCUAAAUCGUUAAGUGUUCCUAUAGGGAAAAUAUUCUUUUACUACUAUAAAAGGUUCAUAUUUUUUAUUGAUUAGAAAUGCUCAUUUGAUAAAAAAAAAACUAGAUGCAAAAAUGAUCAGUAAUGGCUUAAACUUAGAUAAGGUCCAAAAUUUAGUAUUCAGUAUAGAUAUGCUUAACAUUUAGUUGUUUUGUUUUUUAUGAUGACUUUUGGAGCAGGAAUACCGCUAAUAUAUUUAGCCUCUACUUUAUAUUUCGUUUUCACAUUCUAUUCUGAUAAAUUUUUAAUUUUUAAAUUUUGCAGAAAAUCAAGAUCUUUCGAUGGAUAAAUGGCUUCUCACUUUCAGAUUAUUUUAUAUUUUAGUUUCUACUUUCAUUUAAUAUCAAGUAGUAAUACAUUUUUAAAUCCUUAACUAUUCUAUGAUAUGUAUAGCACUUAUUAUGACAAAUAUAUAAUGGGUGAAGUUUUUUAAGUAAAUCUAAAUAAUCCUUAUAUGAUGGCUAUUUAUUCUGGCUGUUUUAUGAUUCUUGUAAUUUAUUUAGGUAGAUUAGCUCUCAAAGUUUUAAAUUUAUAUAAGUUAUUCUUCAAAAAAUCAAACUCUAAAUCAGAGAAAAAAAGCAUCAUUAAAAGCAACAAAUUUUAUGAAUGUAAAUUACUAUUUAUUUUAUUCUAUAAAUAUUAAUUAAAUUAUUUUUGUAAAACAAGUCAUGGAUUAAGAGCAACUUGA